AGGGGCUAUUUCUGCGUCCUCGUGCACGCCUUCUUCCAUAUUCUACUACAUAGUACUACGACUUUCCCAGGUCUUUUAUUGCACCUCUAAACUCUACCAAUCAAAAAAAUGAGUGUUCCUACUACCACAGUUCCUAGACUUUCCGCAACACCAACCUUCGAUCCGCUGCUCAAGCCAGCUAUUCACCUCCCAAAACAUACUCUACUAGAGUCUCCUAAUUCACGGGCUAUUCUUGUAGGAAACUGGCGCAUUACAGCAUCCACAAAUCCGAUCUCAAAUGCUCCCCAAUGCGAUCAGCUUCAAUCAUACCUCAGUACAGGGAGUGAUGGGGGGUUGCCAUUGCCAGAAAUGACUUUUGGAAGCAAUUCGCUGAAGAUGGAAUGGAGGACAAGUGGAUUCAUUGGUCAGGAUAAACGGCAAAAGCGAAAUCGUAGUCGGGAUCAAGCAGGUGCAGGUGCAGAUAAGGAAGGUGAUACCAGCGCUGAGAGCGAUCUUGAGGAAGAAGCAGAAGAAGAAGCAGAAUGGAUAUAUGAAUUCGACACCCUGCACGCCCUUCUGGGUGUCAAAAAGGGACAGUUAGAACCUGGAGACGGCGGUGUGAAGGUUGGAUAUGCGGAAGAGUGGCUGAAGAGUCGUACUGGUCCAUCUCCGCUGCUACCAAUGCCCAAGACCGUACCUACGAAGCCUUAUGAUUGGACGUAUACUACUACGUAUUGUGGACACUCUCCUUCCUAUCCUUCAGUCACAUCCGUGGAGACCACACCUUCGGAUACCUCUUCUGCUGCUUCCUCUCUUAUAACCUCCCACUCGCCAAGAAACACGUCAUCUUCCCAAUGGGUACCAUUCGACUUAAACCACCCCUCCCACGCUAAACAUCAAAUACCCCUCGCUGAAUUAACCCGUCCAGAUCCAAUCCUCUUUUACGCCGAGGUACCGCUGUUCGAGGAUGAGCUGCACGAUAAUGGGUCCAGUGCGUUGAUUGUCCGGAUCCGCGUAAUGCCAACGUGCAUAUUCAUCCUUUCUCGUUUCACCCUUCGGGUUGACGGGGUCCUUUUCCGAACCUUCGACACACGGAUUUACACUUCUCUGGAGAACGAUGAAGGAACGAUAGUAAUACGAGAAACAACUGGAUGGGAAGCACCGUAUGAUGUUGUAAAGAAUCGCCUCCCAAAGCGAGACGACCUAACUCCGCUCACGGAUCCUUUGUUCAUUGCCAAAAUUCUUUCCGAAUUACCGCAAUCUCAAACGACGGGCGCAGGAACGGGAUGGAGAGGUUUGGGGAAGAAAUGCGAGUGGAUGAGAGUCCGAAAGUAAAGGAAGAAAGGUCGUUACUUCGCUGGAUCUGGUGCUCUUGUAUGAUAUGAUCUC